GCUGUGUGAAAUCCAAACCCGGAGCCCUGGGGCCUCCCACGCAUUUCAGGACAGAGCUCUAAGCUUGGUCUGCCAGAUACCAGGCCCUCAGUCCUGCCGGAGGGAACCAGACUUCUCUCCCUCCGACCCCAAAGACUAUAGUCCAGACCUCUUCUCCCUCAGACCCAGGAGUCCGGGUCCCCAGCCCCCAUCUGGACAUUUCUGCCUGUCGGGCACAAUGCCGAAUCCCAACACCUCUCGUCCUUGUGCUGGCAUCCCUCCUUCCUCACAUCCGGAAGUCCGGGCCCCCACCCAACUCCUCCCUCAAACCCGGGAGUCCAGGUCCCCAGCCCCCUUAUCCCUCGGAUCCAGGAGUUCGGGGCUCCAGUUUGAAUUUUCCACUCCCCUAAAUCCGACUCCUGCUGCUGCGUCAGGGAAAAAAUAAGCGACAGGUGGCACCUGCCCGCAGGCUUGGGUCGCGACCACCUGCUCCCGCUGCUCAACCGGCGCCCCUCUACAGGCACCUGCUUCUGUCAGUCCGCCCGCCACUGCCCCGCCCGACCCCGCAGCCCCAGGACGCGGAGAAGGAGCGACCCCGGGAACCCUGACGUUCGCCCCGCCCCAGUCCCUCCCAGCCCGUGCUCCCGCCCCUUCUCAGGGUCCCAGGCGGGUCUCCAGUCUCCCCUACCCCGCCCCGCCCCAUUCCACAGGCUCCUGGCACGCCCUAGAAAGGGGUGUCCUAGGCGGUCCUAGGCUGGUGGGGCGGACCCUGCGGCCUGCAGCCUAGACCAGGGGACUCAACACGCUCCAGAGCACUGCUGCGUGGAGCUCACCUGGUGAGAAGCCCCUGGGAUGGGGGUGGGGGGAUCCCACCUUAACUCUUCUGUCACCUCUCUGGUCCCAGUCCCUUCCUCACAGACCAUGGUGGCUGACACCCACCCACGCAGGUGGCAAAGCCCCUUCCCAUUCCGCAGGAACGUACCAGGUCCCUUUCCCCUCUUGAUCAAGGGUGUUGGAUUCUAGUACCUUCAGAAUAUUGAGCUGUCCCUUCACCCCGUGGGUGAAGGGUCUCCCUUCAUAGAUCCCAGUAUUUCCUCCCCCAGGCUCCAGGAAUUGGGGCCCUCAACCAGGAUUCCGGGCUCCCAGGCCCUCCUCCCCCAAGUUCUGACUCAAGGCCUCUCCUAUCCCUAAGCCCCCAAGGCCCUUUCCCUGCUGCCUUCACAUGAAGGGGCAGCCUCCUGACCUCCACUCUGACCCUCCUCCCAUGGGGACCCUGUCCUCCCCUCAGUCCAGGUCCCCAUCACAGAUUUGGCAAUGACUCUCGCGACUUCCUCUCAGCGCUCCCAAAUCAUUCGUUCCAAGUUCAGAUCUGGUUGUAUUUUAGGUCCCAAUGAUGACCGGAAGUGUACAAGGGAGUGUGGCAUUGGAUGUCAGUUCCUCAGUAGGCCAAGGGCAUACGAGCAUGCAAAUGAAUAUGCUGGUCCUCCAGCUUCGGAUCCACAGACGGUAUCAGGACCUAAGCCUUUCCAGGUCCUUCACUGCCUCCCCAGUCUUGGAUCCAGAUCCCUGGGUCUCAGCCACAGACCCCACUCUGGCUCCCGGAGCUCCAGCCCCAGUCUCCCCCAAGGGCCCCACCCCUUUCCUCUUCAACCCUGGGGACCUGCUUCUUGAAUCAGAAUACAGCCCUUGGAGGUCCCUGAAGGAGUCCCCCAAGAUCUCCCAACAUUGGAGAGAGCCCAAGCCAAAGGGGAACUUGACCUACCACCAGUACAUGCCCCCAGGGCAGAGACAGGGGUCCAGGGUAAACCCCCAGGCCAAAGGGUUGGCCCUGGGUCCCCUAGGACCACCUCUAUGGGAAGGGACAAAGUCACAGCAGCCACCUCCCAGGACUACCGCCAGGAUGAAGCCCACUGCCCUCACUCCCUCCCCACCUGGAGUCCCCAGCCCCUUGCCCCCUCCACACAAGUUGGAACUUCAGACCCUUAAGCUGGAGGAGCUGACGGUCUCAGAGCUCCGGCAGCAGCUGCGCCUUCGGGGCCUCCCUGUGUCGGGGACUAAGUCGAUGCUCCUGGAGCGCAUGCGCAGCGGCGCCCUGCCCCGCCAGCGGCCGAAGCCGCGGCGCGAGGACGGUCCAGCGUGUGCUCCCUGGCCGCGCCUCAGGCCCAAGGCUCUGGGAGCCGUCCGGAGGCAGGGCUCGGUGAGGGCGGGGCUACGCGCGUAUGGACCAGUGAGGAGAAGACAAAGCGGGACGGGGCGGGAACUCGAUAGAAGGAUAGCCAAUGAGCUCAAGCCAAGCGCCAACUCUCACGCUCAGCCUCCUGCACGUGCCCCGGAAACUCCUGCUACCGCUGCGGGUCCGACUGCCGCUCCGGCUCCGGCCUCGACUCCGGCCUCGGCUCCGGCUCCGGCUCCGGCUCCGGCUCCGCUUCGGGCUGCGGCUGCGGCUGCGGCUCCAGCACCGACUCCUCCCGCGGCACGGCCCACAGCGGCCCUGACUCUGGAGGAGGAGCUGCAGGAAGCCAUCCGCAGGGCGCAGUUGCUUCCGAACCGGAGCAUUGAUGACAUCCUGGAGGAUCAGGUGGAGCCUGAGGACCCGCUGCCCCCCAUCCCCUUGGACUUCCCCGGCUCCUUCGACGUGCUGUCCUCCUCCCCGGAUUCCGAAGGCCUCUCAUCUGUCUUCUCUUCCUCGCUCCCGUCCCCCACAAACUCCCCGUCCCCCUCUCCCAGGGGCCCCACAGACUCCUUGGACUGGCUGGAGGCUCUAAGUGGGGGUCCCCUGCUAGGCUGUGGCUCCCCAGCCCCCAGCAUCUUCUCUGCUGACUUAUCUGACUCCAGUGGAACCCGGCUGUGGGACCUGCUGGCGGAUCCAUGGUGAUGGGUGCUGUGGUUUCCAGGGGAUGCGAAGGUCACUGAGACAGACUCUCAAAGGAGGGGGUCGGACAACCGGCAGAGCCCCUCCCACCACAGACACAGAAUCAGAGACACCUCUCAUCCUCAUUGGGCGCCCCCCAACCGCUGCUGACAUGCUAACCACCGGACUUUCCCCUGCCUGACCUCCAUGUGAUCUGAUCCCCUCCAUGGUUGUGUGGUUGGGGGCCGGGAUGUGUCAUUUGCUGCUGGCCAGAGCAAACAAGCUGCCUGCUGCUUCCUUCGGAGACCUCCCGGAUGUUUUUGUUCCCGACUUCUCCCCUCCCCUAGUGCUGCCAACUAGAUGGGAGUCGGAAAGGUGGUCUGUAUUUUUUGGGUGCAAGAGAGAAGGCUCACUCACAAUUUCAUGGGUUGAUCAGUUCAGCAAGGUGAUUCUCCAGCAUCAUAUAACUAGGGCUGCAAUCGCGUAGGGUCCAAGAGGGCUGGACCAUUCAAGGUAGCUCAGACGUGUCUUGCGCCUUGGCAGGAAUGGCUAGUAGGCUGGAGCCAGCUGGGCUGUGGUCUCUCCGACAGGGUAGCUGGGUUCCCUACACAGUACCUCAGGGUCCUCCAAAGCAAGCAUUACUCAAGGGGGGAGCAGAAGCUGCCAGUGUCACAAAGACCGAGCUUGGGACUGGUCCAGUGUCACGUUCACUACACUCCAUUGGCUGAUGCAAGUUGGGCUGGCGGGAUAUGCGAGGGGGGGGCUACACAGAUGUAUGCAUCUUGGAGGCAUGGUCAUUGGGGACCAUAUUUGGAGACUCCACUACACCCCUCUGGUCAGUUUGAGGCCGUGGGUCAUGAGGAGAGGGUGGGGCGUAGACUGCUGGGCACCUUGAACCCCAGGGCAUUCCUGGGAGGAAGGUCACAGAGGAAGCCCUUAGCAGCAAAAUCUUGUAAAGUGUAGGUUUUAUUAUUAUUCAGGUGUGGGGAAGCCAAUGGAUCGGAAUGACCUCCAUGGAAAAGAUCCUUGGUUGGGGCACCUGGGUAACUCAGUCGGUUUGGUGGCAGACUCUAGAUCUCAGCUCAGGUCUCCAUCUCAGGGUCGUGAAUUCAAGCUCUGCAUUGGGCUCCAUGCUGGACGUGGAGCCUACUUAAAA